AUGUAUCAGAGCCUCACUUUGUCCUCCGGGCAAUCUCCAUACACUCACGACACCGGGAGUUACAUGCACCCUUCGGCCAACUCCGCCGUCUACGUACCCCCAACAAGAGUCCCGGCCAUGCUGCCCACUCUCCCCUAUUUGCAGACCUGCGACCCGCCCCUCCAGUCCCACAGCCUCGGUGCUCAUCACCACCAUCACCACCACCAUCACCACGGCUGGUCCCAGAACGCCUGCACCGACUCCCCGUCCUUCGCCACACCCGCCAGCCCUCACCCUCCGCACGGCUUCUCCUACUCUCACAGCCCGCCUCCUCCUCCGCCGCCACCGACUCUCAGCACCAACGCGGGCCGGGAUGCAGCCUACCAGAGCCCGCUCGUGCUCGGAAACAGCGCUCGUGCCGCGGAGCAGCUCGGUGGCGCCCUGGUGCGCUCCGUGGCCGGUGGGUCUUACACGGCGCCGUACGCAUACAUGAGUCCGGAGAUGGCGACCUCCUCCUGGACGCCGGGACCGUUCGAGAGCGGGGUGAUGAGCCUGCAAGGCCGCCAAGGAGGCAUGUCUGCGCGGCGUUCGAGUCUCGACCUGGUGGAGGACAUGCCCACCGAAGGCAGGGAGUGUGUCAACUGUGGUUCCAUCUCGACGCCGCUGUGGCGUAGAGAUGGUACGGGACAUUACCUAUGUAACGCCUGCGGGCUCUACCACAAGAUGAACGGCAUCAACAGGCCACUCAUCAAACCACAGAAGAGGCUGCAAACCACAUCCCGCCGAGCUGGUCUGUGCUGCACAAACUGUCACACUAGCACCACCACGCUGUGGAGACGCAACGCUGAGGGAGAACCAGUGUGUAACGCGUGUGGGCUCUACAUGAAACUGCACGGGGUGCCCAGACCUCUGGCCAUGAAGAAAGAGAGUAUCCAGACCAGGAAACGCAAACCUAAGAUGCCUAAGAACAAGUCAGCUACAGCCCCGCCCACCGCCUCUGACAGCAGCUCGCCAUCGUCCCUCACCGUGUCAGAACACGCCUCCACCAUUAAGAGUGAACCCAACUUGACCCCUUCACCCUACGCUGGACAGACCAUCACGUCUCAGUCGGCUAGCCAGUUGAACACAACGAUAUCAUCAUCGCACGUGGACAUUAAAUACGAGGAUUAUGUUUUUACGCCAACAUCCAUGGCCGCACAGAACUCCUGGUGCGCUCUUUCCCAAGCAUGAGCCACCAUCAUUAUUACUGAGCCGCCUGAACACAUUUUCAUGGACACCCAAGUGGGACGACAUAUUGCCCACUUUUAAUAUAUAUGAGUGGACCUCUCAAUUAAAGACUUUUUUUAAUUGAUCACGGGGGUGGACGCAAGGAUGCUACAAGCUAACUACCUAUUUUUACAGCAAUGCAAAACAAAAACGUGCACAUGCAUUCAUUUUAAGCAUAUUUUUGUUGUGUUUUUGUUGAAAAGAACACAAUGAGAACAUGUUACUUUUUUUUUGGUUGUUGAUGAGCACAUCUCAUCAGCAACACGUAGAUGAUUAACUUUUAUGGACGCAUUAUUUAUGUUAAGAUAAGGGCAGUUAAAAGUCACCGUGAUGUGUUUGUGGGGCGGCCAUGUUGCCGAGUGACCUCCACGUUGAGGUUAUGUGAGCAAUUGUUCGGUUAGAUAUGAUGGUUGUAAAUUGGCCCGAUUUUCAAGUUGACGGUUGCUGUGUGAAAGUGCAAUGGCUCUUUUUUUUUUUUUUUGUUAAAUUAAGAGUGAAAUAAUUAUAAUUGUCUUAUAAUUGUAUUGUCUGUAUUUUGUUGGUAAUUAUUGUUAAAGGGAAAAAAAAGACUCUUUCUUCUUCGGAAUCUGAUUUACUAUCUAUUAUUAAUUUGAUGGAUGAGAAAUGAAUGUAAUAAAAAAAGG